UCAUUUCCAAACCCAAACCUUCUCCUACACUAUAUUCUAAAUAUUUCAUAUUCAUACAUAUAUUAUAUCCCCAUAAACUUUGGUCCAAAUAAUGGGUGUCCUUGGCACGUGGGAGAGCAGCAUGGCGGAUCUGGAGGCCUUCCGCCGCAGCCUGGUGGCCAUCGCCGCCAUCCACCGCCGGAAAGACGACGAGGGACGCAAAACCAACACCUUUCUUCCUCCUUUUGACCAUCACGAUGAAAAGGGAACCCUUCUUUGUGUCACUAGUGGUGUUUCCUACCUUGGCCUCGCCUUGCUCAACCACCUCUUGCUCUUAGGUUACUCUCUCCGAAUCACCCUUGACAACCAAGAGGACAUAGAGAAGCUAAGGGAAAUGGAGAGGCGUGGUGAAGUGAGGGCUACAGAAGGAAGAUUGCAAGUAAUAAUGGCAAAGCUGAGUGACGUUGAUGGGUUGGAGAAAGCCUUUGAGGGCUGUCGUGGCGUCUUUCACACCUCUGCAUUUACCGACCCUGCAGGUCUAUCUGGCUACACAAAAUCCAUGGCUGAGAUUGAAGUGAGAGCUGCUGAGAAUGUGAUGGAAGCAUGUGCAAGAACACCUUCCAUAAAAAGAUGUGUGUUCACGUCAUCGCUAUCUGCUUGUGUGUGGCAAGACAAUGCACAAUCAGACCUUAAACCUGUUAUUAGUCAUGGCUCUUGGAGCAAUGAAUCAUUCUGCAUUGAGAAGAAGCUUUGGUAUGCACUGGGCAAGAUGAGGGCAGAGAAAGCUGCUUGGAGAAUAGCUAAUGAAAGGGGUUUGAAGCUCACUACCAUUUGUCCAGCUCUAGUCACAGGUCCUGAAUUUUGCCAUAGGAAUCCAACAGCAACAAUUGCUUAUCUCAAAGGUGCCCAAGAAAUGUACUCUCAUGGUUUGCUAGCAAGAGUGGAUGUGACCAAAUUGGCUGAAGCUCAUGCAUGUGUAUUCAAGGCAAUGAACAACAAUGCUUCUGGUAGAUACAUUUGCUUUGACCAUGUGAUUGAUUCCCUUAGUGAGGCAGAGAACCUGGCUAAGGAGAUUGGAAUGCCUAAGGAAAAGAUAUGUGGAGAUGCAUCAAACAAUUCUAUACAAAGAUUUGAACUCUCUAAUGAGAAGUUGUGCAGACUUAUGUCUAGACCACUUAGGUGUUACAGUGAAUGUUAGAUGAAAUCAUGUUAUGCUUGCCUGAAAAGGUUGGUUUAUUUAUGAAGUGCCUUAGGUUUUGGAGUGUAGAAGAGAAAAUAGAUGAGCCAUGCUUUUUAGUUUAUAUAGUUAUGUUUGUAUUUA